AGUCGCUAUUACAAGACUCCCAUGCUACUUUCCACUGCAUAGCUUUCUUUUUGUAUUUUUAAUUACAUAUUAACUAAUAUUGGUACACUUAUGGACUUCAGUACAGUGCUAAGUUGUGCAAAGUUUUAAUCAUUCAGUUAUAAUCGUGUACAGUGUAGUGAAAUGUUAUUGAUUGAUAAUUUGUGAUACGAAUCUAAAGCUCAGCGGUAACAUGAAGCUGCCGGGGCCCAGCAGCGUGGUGUGCCUCGCCGCGCUUCUUUCUUACAUAUCACUCGCACAAGCUAUCGACUGCUUUAAAUGCGUUUCCAUGAAUGGAAAGUUCGCGGCCUGUGAUGACCCGUUCCACAACAACCAUUCUCUCCAAAUGUUGGAGUCACCGUGUAUGGGGGGCCGGAAGGGCCGCGAUGGACUAUUCCCGGCAACUUCCUGUAUAAAAAUUGCUGGAGUUUUCGACGACACGGGCGAGAGCAUCACGGUGCGGGGCUGCGGGCUGGACUCGGGGACCGCGACGACGGACACGGAGAUCAUUCGCAUGUCGCACUGCGGCCGCUUCUACUACAACGACAGAUACGUGCACGGCUGCUUGCAGAGCUGCAAUGACGCAGAUGCCUGCAACGGCGCGCCUCGCACGCCACACGUCGCUCUUACCCCGCUGUUAUACACCACCAUUCUUACCCCGCUGUUAUACACCGCCAUCUUUAUCCUGAUACAGAGCUAACAGAGACCGGGCUACACAGACAAAUCAUCCACCAGACUUACAUAGCAUAGUCGCGCUACCCCCUCUGCCACGCAUACGGUAAUUUUACUCCGUGUUCGAAUCGAAAGUGUCUUUGACGUCCGUGUCUUUGAACGGACCAAUCACGGCACGGGACUUCGCUCACCUCGUCCCCGCAUUUUUGGCAUCAUCGGUUGCAUGAAAUAAUUGCUCUAAACUCGGUCUAGAAGAUUCCUAGUGUAUGCCGGGCUAAGAGGGGGGGGAUUCGGUUUGAUUUGGUUUCAUUAUCUGCAAGUAUAAGAUAUAGAUGGAAGGAUUGUGCAGUACGGAUGUAUUACAUAUAUGUAGAACUGGAAGAAAGUGAUUGGGGUAACUUUGAAAGCGGGAUAUCUUUGUAAAUCGCUAAUAGGUAUCUAUUAAGCCAGUAGCUUCGUAUUUCGGCAAUACUUAUGUUACUACAAUGCCCACGGUACCCAGGCAUCUUUUGAUUCCUGUUGCUACAAGAUAAGAUAAUGCAUCUAAUUUGGUAUUAUUCUGUGUUUAAGCACUAAUAUCCUACAGCUCGGCUUUCGGCCUCGCGUGUACCCGUGCCUCUCCCGGAGACUUCGGGCCUUCGGUCCUCGCAUUUAAGAUGCGAAAAUUGACGUAUAUCUCAGAACGGGCCUUACGGGCACUAAAACUGGUACUAGUUCAGCGGUGUCACUCACGAAUUCGAGCCAAUCGUGCAGUCUAACGCAACUAGUUGCGAUCAAUCGCGCGUGUGAUGCUAACUCAUCAACCAAUCGCGUUGUACCGGUGUCACACCGCUACAGUGGCCCCAGUCCUGAGAUUUACGUCAAUGCUUGAAGGAAAUAAGAGAAAAUAUAGCCCAAAAGAAAAUAUCCACGAAACGUUUAGCCAUUUAU